AUCCAAAAACACAAACACAAAAAGCCUUGAACAUUUUGUUGAAAUUAUGGAGACAUUAAUCAUGAAUAUAGGGGGUUAUAUGUAACAAAGUACACAUGGAGAUGUACAAAGCAAUUUCAGACUUUUCUGCACCGACCAGAGUAGCAAUAGGACGUGUACUGUCAUUCAAGAAAGGCGACACUUUUGAGAUUUUAGAACCUGAAAAAGCAGAGAAGGUAUGGUGGGGUGCAAGGAACUUAGUGAGCAAUCAAGUCGGCUAUGUCCCAGCAAAGUACUUGAAAUUUCAUGAAAAGAAAAUUGGGAAGUUGCUUCCAGAAAAUUAUAAGAGUGAAAGAGAGGGCCAUAUACAAACUCUAAGGGAUAUGGAUGAUAAAAAUAACUCACACAACAAUGCACUACCAGAGGAGAUCUACUCCCAUGUGCCACAGCUCCACCUUACAGAGCCAGCUCCUGACUACUCAACUGAAGAGAUUAAUCACAAUGGUACUUCUAAGCAUUCUCGCUCAGUGAGUGAACCUGGUAAGCCUGUUGGUCUGAUAUCAGGUCACAAAUUACACAACCCAUGUAUGGAAUCAAGGGAACGCAUGCAGUUACAUAAAGAACUACUUCAUAAAACUAAAACAGGUGACCCACUGAUAAAACAGAAAAGUGAGCUGGAGAGAACUAUGUUAAAUCGUCGAGAAACUCAGCGGAAAAAAGAAUGGGAGGACAAAGUGAAUAGUAAACGCACAAGCUUCGAUAAAAAAUUAGAAGAACAAAAACUCAAAUUAGAACAGUUUGAACACAAUACUGGAGUUAUUGAAGAAGAGGACACUUUACAAAAGCCUGAAUUUUUAAAAGUCCAUGCUAAAAUACGGACUAAGUCAAAGUGAGAUUAUAUUGCAGAACUCACCCUUGAAUGUUUGCAGUGUUAGUGAAGGUACCAUUCGUAUAUAGCAGCAUGCCACAAAAAGACAACUUAUAACAAUUUUAUUUUUAUUAAAUUGAUUUAAUGUUUAACUUAUACAAUGUAUAUACAAUGUGAGGUGUGGGCUUAAUUCUAUCUCAUUCUGUAUUUAUUUAUAUGCCAGUUUGAUAGUCAUUAUAUUGGUCCCACCAAGAAUUAACAUAUACUUUAUAUGGGAUAAAAACAAUGCAAUAGUCUUAUGCUGGUGUAACUAUUAAGCCAUUGAUAAUCAUUGAAAAAUGUGUAAAGCACAUUAUUUUUCUUGAAAUUGGCGGUCAGCAAAGUUGAACUAAAUAUGCUGGUAACACAAGUGGAAUCAUUAUUUUGGGGGAGCAGUCGGUAAAGAUAAAGAAAUUGACAUAGACUGUUUUAAAAAUGCAAAUUA